ACUCCACCCCCUUCUUCGAUUACCACCUUCUCAUUUAUACCCGCCCGCGAGGAGCAGGCUCUCUUUCUUGCCGCUUGUUCUUCUCGGGGACUGUUUUCUUGCGGAGGGUCUACAAACAUGGCUUUGAGGCAGCAGCUGGCUUUAUUUAGUGUCUCAGAUAAAACCGGUCUGGUGGAGUUUGCAAAAUGUCUGACUUCUUUGGGUUUGACUUUGGUUGCUUCAGGAGGAACAGCAAAAGUUCUUCGGGAUGCAGGUUUGAAUGUCAGAGAUGUUUCCGAUCUUACUGGCUUUCCAGAAAUGCUUGGAGGACGUGUGAAAACUCUUCAUCCUGCAGUGCAUGCAGGCAUCCUGGCUCGUGACAUUCCACAAGAUAAAGCUGACAUGGAAAAAUUGGAUUUCAGCUUUGUAAGAAUUGUAGUUUGUAAUCUCUACCCAUUUGUCAAAACGGUGGCCUCCCCAAAUGUCACUAUUCAAGAAGCUGUUGAACAGAUCGAUAUUGGAGGUGUUGCUUUACUGAGAGCUGCAGCAAAGAAUCAUGCCCGGGUGACAGUUGUUUGUGAUCCUGGGGAUUAUACUAAUAUAGCAAAAGAAAUGAAAAAUGUCUCUGAUAAUGAUACCAGUUUGGAAAUUCGGCGUCAGUUGGCUUUAAAGGCCUUUACUCACACUUCUCAAUAUGAUGCAGCAAUUUCUGACUACUUUAGGAAAGAGUACAGCAAAGGAGUAUCUCAACUUCCACUGAGAUAUGGCAUGAAUCCCCAUCAAACUCCUGCUCAACUCUAUACUUCAAGGCCUCAACUUCCUCUCUCAGUUCUGAAUGGUUCCCCAGGGUUUAUAAAUCUAUGUGAUGCUCUGAAUGCCUGGCAGUUGGUCAGGGAACUAAAGCAAGCAUUGGGCAUUCCUGCUGCCUCUUCAUUCAAGCAUGUCAGUCCAGCAGGUGCUGCUGUUGGUGUGCCCCUCAGUGAGGAAGAAGCUCAGGUCUGCAUGGUGCGUGACUUGUACCCUACUCUAACACCCCUGGCAACUGCAUAUGCCAGAGCAAGAGGUGCUGAUAGGAUGUCAUCUUUUGGGGAUUUCAUUGCUUUAUCUGAUAUCUGUGAUGUUCCUACAGCUAAGAUCAUUUCAAGGGAGGUGUCUGAUGGGAUUGUGGCUCCAGGCUUUGAUGAAGAAGCCCUCAAAAUUCUAUCCAAAAAGAAAAAUGGCAGCUACUGUGUACUCCAGAUGGAUCCAACUUUUGAGCCAGAGGAAAAUGAAAUCCGUACUCUCUUUGGAUUGCAUCUAAUGCAGAAAAGGAAUGAUGGUGUGAUUGAUCGAUCACUAUUCAAAAAUAUUGUUACUGAAAAUAAAAAUUUGCCUGAUUCAGCUAUCAGAGAUCUCAUUGUUGCCACCAUUGCUGUUAAAUAUACUCAGUCUAAUUCUGUUUGUUAUGCCAAGAAUGGACAGGUGAUUGGAAUUGGGGCAGGACAGCAAUCCCGUAUCCAUUGUACUCGCCUGGCUGGAGACAAGGCAAAUUUCUGGUGGCUCAGACAUCACCCACGAGUACUUUCCAUGAAGUUCAAAACUGGAAUAAAAAGAGCAGAGAUUUCCAAUGCUAUUGAUCAAUAUGUUACUGGGACCAUUGGUGAGGGUGAAGAUUUUGCAAAAUGGAAAGCACAGUUUGAGGAAGUUCCCAGUUUGCUUACUGAAGCAGAAAAAAAGGCCUGGAUUGGAAAAUUAAAUGGUGUUUCACUAAGCUCUGAUGCAUUUUUCCCUUUUAGGGAUAAUGUUGAUAGAGCAAAUCAGAGUGGCGUCCAGUUCAUUGUUUCCCCGUCUGGUUCUACUGCUGACCAAGUUGUGAUUGAAGCCUGUGAUGAACUGGGAAUAACUCUUACUCACACCAACCUUCGCCUAUUUCACCACUGAUAUUUAAAAAUCAGUAUUUUUGAAGCAAAUUCUUUACACAAUCUGCUCUAAAAUCUACAUAUGUCGAGAGUACUAAAAUAAGAUAAAAAUUAUGAAUAUUUCUUGAAAAAUAAUGCAAAAGUAUCAAUAAUGAAUUUGAAUUCUUUAAGAACUUGGCAUGGAUGGGGUUUCCAUCAGCACAUAAAAUCAAUCAUUUGCUGCUUUUUAUCAUUCUCAGCUAAGGAUUGUACAUAUUGGAAAUUUGUUUUUAAAUUAGUGAACCUGACUGAGAUGUUAAUUAACAGUAGAGUGAAAGUUUCUCCUGAAAAUGAUUCCAUGUGGAUACAGGUAUGAUUAUUUCUGGAUGGAACAAUUAUACAGAGAAAGCAGUGUAAGAAAUGAGGAAGGAGGAUGUUGGCAUCACUUUAGUAUUAUUUGUAGAUGUAUCCAUCUCAUCUGAAAUUGGUGCCAGAAAACUACAGGGAUUUGUCCAAGCAGUCCCCAAGAGUCAACACUGACCUGAAGGCACACACACAAAUACAAAAAAACCCUCUCAUUAAGCCGAGUUUUAUGAUGGGAACCUUUUUGUGUAUGUGUCAGCAUACAUUUUGACAUAGUGAUAGUACUUGGAAAAAGGAUUGUUUGUAUGUUGUAUUAAUUUUUUUGUCUUGCUUUUAAAAUCUCCAUUGUGCAUUCUUGUCCUUUGACUAGUUAAAACAAUGUUUUAAUACAUGUUUUAAUGAAUAGCUAAUACUUUGGAAGAUGGAAUCAAGAUCCAGAAGCACAUUGACAGAGUUGAAUACUGGGCUUUAAGUAAUAAGAUGCAGUUCAGUGGUAAGAAAAGAAAGUUCCUGUACUUAGGUAGGAAAAACCAAAUGCAUAAGUACAAAAUAGGUAAUACGUGGCUGAAUGGUAGUAAUUGUGACAGGGCUUUAUGUGUCCUAGUGGACCACUACAUACGUAUAAGCCAGAAGUGUGCUGCAACUUCCCCAAAAACCAAUGCAGUCCCAAACUGCAUCAACAGAGAGAUUGCAUCAAGAUCACAAGAAGUGAUAGUACUGCUUUAUAUUGCACUGAGGGCACUCUUUGAAUACUGCGUUCAUUUCACCACAAUACAAAAACGAUGUUGAGAUCCUGGAAAGAGUGCAGAAAAGAGCUACAAAGAUGAUAAAGGAUCUGGAGGCUAAACCAUGAAUGGUUGAAGGAGUUAGGUAUGUUUAACCUAUCAAAGAGAAGGAUUCAGGGGACAUAACUCUCUUCCAGUAUUUGAGGGGCUGCCACAAAUAAGAGGAGACUUAUUUUUUAAGGCACCAGAGGGCAAGAUAAAAAGUAAUGAGUAGAAGCUUGUUAAAGAGAGAUUCAACCUAGAAGUAAUGAGAAAUUUUAUGUCAGAUCAAUGGAAAAACUUGCCCCUGGAUUGUGGUUGCUCCAUCACUGGACGUUUUAAAAAUAGACUGGGCAACCAUUUGACUAGGAUGGUAUAAGGCUUCUGAAGCUUUAAGCAGAUGGAUUGGACUAGAAGAUGGGCCCUUCCAGCCCUAUGAUUCUGAUUUUGAAUCUUCGCUUGGUUUUGGAAUUCUUAAUAUUGUCCCCUUAAAACUUCUUUCUCCCUCCCCACUAGUACAAAGACCCAGGAAUUUGUUGGAACAUCACUCCAGCUGCUUUCUCAACUCCAGCUAUUGGAUUACCACCAGAGAUGGUAGUGUAUACUUUGGCAUCCCACACUCCUACUUUCACAGUAGUCUAAAUGAUUUACUAGGAAGAAACUUGGGGUGGAGCCCUAAAAUUCAUUCCCUUUCCCCGUCACAAUCUGAGCUGUAAAAGAAGACCUUGACUUACGAUAGUUGGGACCAGAAUUUUUGCUGCUAAACAAGAUGGUGGUUAAGUGUGUGAUGCCCAAUUUUAUGAUAUUUUUUGCACAAUCAAGUGAAUCACUGCAGUUGUAGUCAUUUUGCUGUAGUCAAUUGCUUAGUGAAUUCAGCUUCCUCUACUGACUUUGCUUGUAAAAAGCUGUCUGGAAAGGUCCACUUGUGAUCACAUGAGCAUUGCAGCUGUUGUAAAUACAUGCUGGAUGCCAAGUGCCCCACGUUUGAUUGUGUGACUGGGGAUGGUACAGUGGUCAUAAGCAUGGGGACUGGUCAUAAGUCACUGCCUUUGUAAAUUUGAAGUCACUAAACAAGCCAUUGUAAACGGCCUAUGUUCCAUCAUGCUUGAAAGCAGCCACUAUUGUCCCAGUCCCAAAGAAAACUGCAAUUAACUGCCUAAAUGACUACAGAUCUAUUGCAUUAACGUCUGUAGUGAUGAAAUGCUUCGAGAGAUUGGUUCUCCAACAACUUAGGACAUGCCUCCCACUGGACUUUGACAAAUAUCAGUUUGCUUACAGGGGGAGUAGGUCGACAGAUGACGCCAUAGCUAUUGCUUUACAUUCUAUAGCGAGCCAUCUGGAGAAACCCGGGAACUAUGUCAGGAUACUUUUCAUUGACUGUAGCUCAGCCUUCAACACCAUUCUGCCGAGCAUCCUUAGCAAAAAGCUGACUGAUUUUGGAUUUUCCCUCUUCCAUCUGUGACUGAAUCAAAGACUUUUUGAGGGACAGGCCAAAAGCAGUGAGGGUUGGGUCUGUCAUAUCCACCCCCCUGAAGCUUAGCCCUGGCUCCCCACAGGGCUGUGUGCUCAGUCCCUACCUGUAUUCACUGUACACACGGUUGUGUAUCGUCUGACCCAUCUAUUGUGAUCAUUAAGUUCACAGAUAACACCACUAUAUUGGGUCUUACAGGUGAUGAAACAGCGUACAGGGGGGAGCUUGAAAAACUAACCACAUGGUGCUUAAAAAACAACCUGCACCUGAACAUCAGUAAGACCAAAGAGAUGGUUUUGGAUUUCCGGAGGAAGAGAGAGGAACUUGCCCCACUUUACAUCGAGGGGGGCUGUGUAAAUCGUUUCCUCCUUUAAAUUCCUGGAAAUCCAUCUCAGUGAAGACCUCACUUGGAAAAACAACACAAUCCAGGUGGCCAAGAAGGCCCAACAGAGACUCCAUAAAAACAGGAUAGAACAACUCGUUUUACCGGUCCACAAUAGAAAGCAUCCUCACUUACUGCAUCAUGGUACAUAAAACAUUAGAGGGUGCUAAGUACAGCACAAACAUCAUGGGCUGUCCUGAUACCACUAGAUGAGAUCGCUAGGGCCUGCUGCCUUAGAAGAGUGAGGAAAAUUCUCAGGGACAACUCUUACCUUGGUCAUCACUUUUUUCCCCUCAUACCAUCGGGAAUGAGAUAUAGAAGUAUAGCCAGCCACACAAACAGGGUGAACAGUUUUUAUCCAUGGGCUGUCAGACUCUUGAAUAAUAACAUCAAAACUACGUAGUAUGAUGGAAUGCAUGGCCGACGGAAUGUGUAACAUAUUCACACUGGUGCAAUAGGACUGAGUGUUUUGUUAAUAUGAUUGGGUUAGGAAUUUUCUGUCUUCACUGUGAGUUGUAUUAUGUUGGGGGAGGAUGUACUGAGGGAGCUCAACCAAUCUCAUUGUACAUAUAUUAUGCACUAACAAUAAAGAUUUGAAAUUUGAAAAUGUAA